GCCGCGUCCCCCCCCCCCAAUACACACACACACACUCUCUCUCUCUCUUCCCUGUCAGAGUGCUCCAACAGCAUCGUUUCGCUUGUCUCUCCAGCGGAAAAACAAAAGGCGGAUCGAACCCCAUCCGCAUCCCCCUCCCCAAAUCCCGCCUCUCUUUACCACCACCUUCAGGAGCAGGUAGUAGUAGUGGCGGAGGAGGUACUGCUGCUUGGAGGAAGAAGAAAGAGGAGGAGGAAGGAGGGGGGGGAAGCAGCAGUAUGGGUGCUUACCUGUCGCAACCCAACACAGUGAAGAACUCCUGCGAGCAAUGCACCGACAGAUACAACUUUGGCGUUUCCGCCAUGCAAGGUUGGCGGGUCUCCAUGGAGGAUGCACACAACUGUAUCCCGGAAUUGGAUGAAGAGACUGCAAUGUUUGCAGUUUAUGAUGGACAUGGAGGUGAAGAAGUGGCACUGUAUUGUGCGAAGUACCUGCCUGAUGUUAUUAAGAACCAACAGGCCUAUAGGAAUGGAAAAUUGCAGAAGGCACUGGAGGAUGCCUUUCUGUCCAUAGAUAGCAAGCUCACAGAGGAGAUGGUAAUCAAGGAACUUGCCCAGAUCGCAGGCCGACCUCAGGAGGAUGAUGGCGAGAAAGUUGCUGAUGAAGAUGAUGUUGACCAUGAGGAGGCUGCACUUUUACACGAAGAGGCUACAAUGACAAUUGAAGAGUUACUCACUCGAUAUGGACAACAUCAGAACAGUGCCAAACAUUCAAAGAGCAAAACUUCCCCCACUGUUAAGAAACCUCUGCCUAAAGAUGAUGAGACAAAUAAAACUGAAAAGGAGAUAAAUGGAGAGUUGGAGAGCAGUGAAGCAAGCGUGGGUGAGAAAAAGAGCAAAAAUGGAAAAUUGGGAGAGACUGUUGGAAUCUCCUCAAGUUCUGAUUAUGGAAGUGAGGAAGCUGGACUGGCAAGUGGAGAUAGUAUUACUGGAUCUGGUUCAGACAAAGAACCUGCCAAAGCCAGCAAGGGCACCUCUGAAGAGGCUGUUGUGUCAUCAUCCACAGUUGAUGCUGGGCCGUCCUGCUCAUCAUCUGCCAAAUCUCAGCGAGCAGCAAAAUCUGUCUUCUUUGAGGACAGCGAGGAUGAAUCUGAAGAAGCAGAAGAGGAAGACAGUGAAGAGGAUUGCAGUGAAGAGGAAGAAUACAGCAGUGAUGAGGAGGAGGAGGAGGAGGAUGAGGAAGAGGAAGAGCAAGAUGACAGUGAUGAAGCAGAAGAAGAAGAUGAUAUUAUGUUGCCAGGAAUGGAUGGUAAAGAGGAGCCUGGUUCUGACAGCGGCACGACGGCUGUUGUGGCCCUGAUCCGUGGGAAGCAACUGAUAGUGGCGAAUGCUGGAGACUCCCGGUGUGUUGUUUCGGAGAAUGGCAAGGCAAUUGACAUGUCCUAUGACCACAAACCAGAAGAUGAAGUAGAACUAGCCAGAAUCAAGAAUGCUGGUGGAAAGGUUACUUUGGAUGGGAGAGUCAAUGGAGGGUUGAACCUUUCUCGAGCAAUAGGUGAUCAUUUCUACAAGAGGAAUAAGAACCUUCCUCCAGAGGAACAGAUGAUCUCGGCACUACCUGACCUCAAAGUGUUGACAUUAAAUGAAGACCAUGAUUUCAUGGUAAUUGCAUGUGACGGUAUAUGGAAUGUAAUGAGCAGCCAGGAAGUAGUAGAUUUCAUCAGUGAACGCAUCAACAAAACAGAUGAGAAUGGAGACUUGAGGUUGCUGUCUUCCAUAUCCGAAGAGCUCCUAGAUCAGUGUUUGGCACCUGACACAUCAGGAGAUGGUACUGGAUGUGACAAUAUGACUUGUAUUAUCAUCUCUUUUAAACCACGGCCCGUGAAAAUCCAGGCUGACUGCAGCAAGCGAAAACGUCCUGACUCAACAGAUGAGGAAAAAGAAAAUGGGAAGAAGGCGAGAAAUGAAUAACAUGGCACAACCAAGGAAAUGGUUGGGGCAGGGGUUGUUUGGAAUCAACUGAGGCCUGACGUUAUUGUGUAAUUAAUGAACCUUGAUAUCUUUUUUUAAAAAAAAAUACAGCAAACAAUUGCUGGAAAUUAUAUAAAAAUAAAUCUGAAGUAUUGUACAAUGUAGCCUUAGUUUACACCCUAGGUUACCGUGUGUGUGAAGCACACGUCCUUUAGCAGCAGUCAAGCCAGGAAACCUACAUUGUAGCACACCGGCACUUGGAGACAAAAAGAAGUGGCUAUCUAUUGAGUUUGUUGUUGUAAGGGGAUUUUGAUGUCUGGAAAGGUCCAUUCCUUUUUUCUCAUGGGGGUUUUUGAUACAGGAAGUACUUUGUUUCACUCCACAAAGAAACCAAAUUAAAUAAUUCUUAAAUUUUGCAGGAAUCAGAAAUGAGGACAUUUUUCAAAAAUAACUUUUUUUUAAAAAGAAAGGAGUUUGGGGUGAUUAAAUAUGCAGCAACACUGAGGUUUACUUCAAAAGUGAGCUGUUACAUUGAAUGCCAUUUGUCUCUGCUUGAAGAUGGAAAAUAUCAUUUUUGUUCCAGCAAUCCUUUUGUGUUGAGAUAAGGUGGAAAAAUAUUUGGGGCUUUGGAAUUUUCUUCGAUGUUUCAAUUUUUAAAAGCAAAAAUCAAGAGAACAUUAACAUUUUUGAGCGAUAUGUAUUUGUAAACAUUACGGCAAUGUUGGACUUCAAAGGGAUUUCAGUUUCCUUUUCAAUUCCUUUGUAUACUUGCAUUCACUCGAAAUGACUCAGUAUCGCCAUAGAUAUCAAAAAGAUGAAGUCGAGAAGCUGCACUGCCCUGUGAAUGCUACAUCAGAGAGGAACUUUCAACCACUUUUAUAUAUUAAAAGAAAACAAUUUUUAAUUUUU